CUUCGUGACUAACGUUAGAAAAUAUUGCUUACAAGUUGAGUCGACAAAAUAGAAAGUGAUACUGAUGUAUAAAAUUUAAUGGUGAAUUAUAUAUUUUAACACAGUGUUCAGUUCUCUUUGUUGUCAGCGUUAUUUUAUUCAUCAUAUUCAAAUUUGGUGUCUGAAUAUGUUUUUAUAUAGAAAGUGAACGCUUCUUUGGAACAAGAAUUUGAGACUAACUCUAACUUCUAAGGGAGGGUUAAACGUGUUGUUAGGGUUUUCAAACACUAGUAGUAGUACGCACCAUUACCGUUCUCGUUAGUAGUGGUAGUAGACUUAGCAAUACGAGUAAGUAGGUUUACGACAAAUGCAAAGAAAAAUGGCUGAAACUCAGUGUCAGUGGUCCCAGCAAAGGAAUUCCCAGUUUAGUUCUGAAAACAAGGGUGGUAAUGACAUGUCUGCAAAAGAAGCAUGGGAAAAUGCAAGAAAAGCCUUGAAUAUGAUUAGCAACAAAGAAUCAAGUACAGAUGAAACUUCAUUGCAACCACAGAUACAUCAAUUCAGCAACAACAUGCAGUACUGGCAGCCAAGUUUGUAUGUUUAUCCUGGGUUUGGAUAUUCAGGAAUGGAAGCAUGUUAUCCAUAUUAUCAGAAUCCUUAUCAGUAUGAUGCCUACUAUCAUCAGAUGUAUAUGACCCAAGCUCCCCCACCACCUCCACCACCACCGCCACCUCCUGAUAACAGUGAGUCUACAAAUGAAAUGAAGAACAAAAAAACUGUGAAAGAGCAGAGUUCUUCCAGCAUAAAGAAAGAAAAAGAUGAAUUUAUCAUUCAUUCUCAACAACCCCCGCCACCUCCACAUGAGUUGGUACAGAGAGGAUAUAGUCAGCAGGGAGUUUUAUCAACUUAUUCACCAAUGCCAAGUAAACAAGCUCCUGGAACUGGGGGUAUAAAAUUCAAUCUUCCAAAACGAAAUGUCCAACCUGGAAGUAGUCCCUUAAAUGGACCUUGUGCUAACCAAGGUAAAAAUCGUGGAAGAGGGAGGGGUGGAGGAUCACAACAGACUGAUAUUUCUGUACCUGGAAAUCAAAGCAUUACUGCUGAACCAGUUUCUUAUGGACAUGAUUGGCCAGAAAGUCUCAAGAAAUAUGUUAAUGAAGCUUUUGAAAAGUGCAAAACUGAUAUCGAUAAAGAUCAAGUUGAAAUAAUAUUAAAAGGAAAACUUACUAAAGCCUACAAUGAUGGAACAAUGUGGACUAAAGAGUGGGACAAGGAGGCUUUACCUAGUAUCCACAGUGAAAGAAUGGAGAAAGAACAGUUUAAAACUGCAGCUUUGGAACAACAAACUCCUCAACAUUUCCCCCACAAUCAGAGUCUAUUUUCCUCAUCUUCGUCCAGGUCUCAUGGGGGAAAGGCUCACACACGGACUUUAUCAGAAUCACGAUCUGGAUCCAAAAGUCCUUCUGUUAAGAAAGGUGGAAGGCGUCAUUAUCAGAGGUCUUCCGAGUCAGAUUCUGACAGUAAUGAUGAAUGCAGAGGUAAAAAACGUAGUUUAAAUUCCACAGUGGUAGGACCAACUCAUAAACAUGGGAGAGGUGAGGGUGCUUCAAGAGGCCAUGGAAGGGGUGGGACUCAUCAAGGAAACAAAAAAGGACCUGGAAAAAAGGGCAAAAAGCAGAAAAACAAAAGUAACAACCAAUUUACAGUGGAAGCAGACCUUGCUACUUCAGAACGUCUAGAACAACGUGCAGCUAGGUUUCAAACCAGUAAAAAAGGAAAAAGCUCAAAUAUUGUACUCACUGUUAAAAAUCCUAUGGCACUGAAUGAAGAAAGUAAUGAGACAGACUGGGAAACUGCUAACAUUGUGGGACUUUGUCGAGACCUUGAGAAACCAUACCUCAGACUUACAUCAGCACCCGAUGCUUCAUCUAUUCGUCCUGUAGAGGUUCUUAAGAAGUCCCUGACCAUGGUCAAAGAUCACUGGAUAAAAAACCAGGACUAUCAUUAUGCCUGCGACCAGUUGAAAUCUAUUAGACAGGAUCUAACGGUUCAAGGUGUACGGGAUGCAUUUACAGUGCAAGUUUAUGAAACUCAUGCAAGGAUAGCUCUGGAGAAGGGUGACCGUGAAGAAUUUAACCAAUGUCAGACGCAACUGAAGGCUCUGUACUUAGAGACUGGAAUAGGAAAUCGACUUGAAUUUACUGGAUAUAGAAUUUUGUAUUACAUUUUCUCCAAGAGUACUUUAGAAUUGAGAUCAGUUCUAUCUUGUCUGUCAGCAGCAGAAAAAGAAAACGAGGUUAUAUCUCAUGCUUUAAAGUUAAUGUUUGCCUGGAAGAUUGGAAAUUACCAUAGGUUUUUCAAACUCUAUCAGAAUGCUCCCAAAAUGUCAGGUUAUGUGAUAGAUUGGUUUGCAGAGAGAGAAAGGAAGCAUGCCAUUAAAGCUAUGAUCAAGUCAUAUCGUCCUGUCUUACCUGUAGCAUACGUUCAGAGUGAGGUAGCCUUCGACAAUCGUGAUGAUUGCCUCCAGUUCCUGAGGCAGUUUAAUGUGGCCUUUGCUGAUGAGGCCUGUACUAAGAUCGACUGCAAGGAGUCUGUAACUUCAGUCAUGUCAUCAACAUCUUAGAUUAAUGAAUAUGUGACAUCUGUGUAUGACAGAGCCAAUAUUAAGAAGGCAAGGAAGAGAUGAAUGUGAAUUUCAUAUUUUAUCUGUCCAUUCACAGAGUAAGAAGGGAGAGAUAACCUUUACGUUCCUCCUUUUAUUGUGUUGCUUUUACUUAUAGACUGUUAAUUGAGGAGCUGUUGGUGCUGAAUCCAGUUCAUUAGUGCCGUCUGUUUCUUCUAACUGUUGCCACAAGAAAAAUUUAUUUUUUUAUGAUUAUUCUAAUGACUUCGCACAGAGAAAUAGAAUAAUUGAACUAACUUAAAAAGACUGUUAUAAGUAUUAUAAAAUAUGAAUCUAGUUUGAGAACUUUUAAGAACUUUUAUAUCUGUACAUUAUUUUCAUAUGUACAGCCCACAAAAAAAAGAAAAAUCUUCAUUGCACUUCUAUGGUAAUAGAUUUAGAAGGACAUUUUUAGUAGAAGCAGCAGCUGGAAAGUGUUUAUCUGUGUUCUUUUCCUUUUACAGAUGAAGACUCCAUAUUUCCAUUAGUUUUCUCAAGUAAUUGCUAUUAUUUGAUCCAAGAAUGAUUUUGAUUACAGUUCAGCUUAGGUAAUCCAGUGCAAGAAAAUUUUUAACAAGUUCAUUUUGGAUGUUGAUCCGCAUACCAUGAAAAUGAGGUCAUCUUCUUCAGCGUUUGGUAAUGUAAAAAAUCAUCAAGUUCAUUUCUGAUGUCCAAGUAGAGUUGAAUUACAAGCUAUCUAAUUUAGUAUUCUGGUGAUAAAGGGCUUUCAGCAAGUACAUUCGUCUGUCUGAAGGUCAUCAAAUUACAAGUCAUUUUGUUGAAUGUUCGACUGUGAACCAAGUCCAAACUUGAUGGUGAGGGACCAUGGAAACACAAGUUCAUCUAGCAUAGUCCUCCAGGUUUUUCAACGUCAUCAGAUGCCACAGAAUUACAGGCCAUCCAUGUUAGCAUUCAGGUGUGUGAAUAAGCUUCGUACGUAUCUAUUUAUGUUUGAUGCAGAGAAUUAGUCAUCAUUUAUAGCAUUCAGGUUUGAGAUUAUUUUCAUCAAAUGCAUUCCUGUUUAUCAUAUGUCAUCUGUUUUUGGAUUUAGUGCCAAAGAAGAUUUCAGCAAGUUCCUGAUAUUUUAAGUUGCUCAGUAUAACAGCCUUGAAGAAAUAUCCAAACCUCCCUAAGUUAUCUCAAAGUAUUGUGGAUGUGUAGGUCACCUAUGUUAGUGUAAAAUUUCCACAAGCGUAUUCCUGAUUGGCAAAGAUCAGAGAUUUCACAUUUAAAACUGAGAAAGAAUGUCUUAAUGUCAUUAAGCCUUAAGUUAAUCCACAUUCAAAAUCUUCCUUGAAAUUGUACUUCAUAUUUGCUCUGUCAUAACUGAUGUGGUUACCUGUCCUUGGGAUGUAUUGAGGGAGCAGUAAUUCAGCGCAGCGAUUUAUCCUCAUCUCUUUUCUGUUUUUCACAGUCGUUUUCUCUAACCGUGGUUUAGUAGCUAUAGCUACGGUGGAGAAAUGCUAUGCCUUCAUGUCUUCUUUGUGAAAUAUGUGUUGAAAAGAAUUGUAUAUUUAUCUUUAGAUUUCCUAGCCUUUCAUAUCACACAGCAGAUUCAAGUUUUGGUAUAGCAGGUGAGCAGUUCCAUCAUCAGAAGUUCCUGUUCUGGUUGAUAGGAUCCUUUCAGCUGUUAUUUAACCAGUUGAAGCAUUAAUUUACAUCCAGAGUUGAUAAUAUCAGCAGAGGAAUUUUUACUGCAUAUGUAUAUAUAUAUAUAGAUAUAUAUUUGUUCAUUGUAUGUAACAUUGUAAAACAAAAAAUUAAAAAACUUAAUAAUCCAUAGUGUGAUUUUAAAGAAAAACUGAUGGAUUUAUAUAAAUAUCACAUGUUUAUAUAUGGCCCCAUCAUGUAUAAUAAACUACUUUUUUUUAUUUAGUGCAAGUUUAAGUCUAGUUGCAAUUUUGUCAAAUACUCUGAAAAGUUUAAAAUCCACUAAAGCACAUAUAAUGAAUUACAAUAUUGUUGAGCAUAGUACAGAAUAAUGUGUUCAAAGAAACAUUGAAAAUGCGAGUGUAAACUGACUUAGAAUGAAUGAUUUUUGGAAACAGAUUACCUCACUAUGAAAGUUACCAUAGAUGUUGAAAUUUCAGAAGGUUUUUUUUUAUUAAAGCAGGACAAAUGAAAAUAAAUUAGACUUUUAAAAUGGUAGGAACUUAGAAAACUUACUUAAGGGUUAGAUAAAGAACACUGAAAACUUAGAAAAUGAUUUUACAAAGUACAUACAACUUUGUAAGGUGCCGUCAUACCAUUGUUUUAUAUAUUUUAAAAUACAAAUUAUCAGUAUUUUAAGGAUUCAGGAAUAGUUGAUGAUAAAUAUUAAAAUUGUGAUUAUACGCAUACAGUUUUAAGUAGUACAUGCCUCAUAGAUGACUGAGAACAGUAAUAUUUUAAAUUUUCUGUUGUUUCUUUGAUUUCUAGCAUGUAUACAACAAAUAAAGUAAUUGAAGAUAUA